AGCGAUGAUGUGGAGGAGGCAGCAAAUGCGCUGAAGCGAGCUGCGAUCAUGACCUUCGCCAUAGGGGUUAGGAACGCAGACCCAGCCCAGUUGGAAGAGAUGGCAAUUGAUCCAAGUUUGGUCUUCAGUGUAAACGAAUUGCACUCUUUGCCAGAUGUCCUGAAUCAAUUGAUAAUGCCACUGACAAUGCUGAGUGUCCCAACGGUGAUUAUUCAGGAACCGACAAACAAACCUGAGGAGGAAACUAUUAUCACAACAGAAGCCAGGAAGAGAGAUAUCGUCUUCCUAAUCGACGGCUCCCCUGGAAUGGGGAAAUCAUUUUCACCAGUCCGUGAAUUUCUAUUGAAGGUAAUCGAGGAGUUUGAUGUUGGACCCUGACAGAGAUCAAGUCGCUGUGGUGCAAUACAGUUCUGACGCAAGGCUCGAAUUCGGCCUCAAUGUUCAUUCAACGAAAGAUGAGCUUUUGAAUGCAAUACCAAAAUUGAAACUGAAAACGGGAAGACCCCUCAACACUGGUGCGGCGCUGGAGUUUGUCACAAGGAAUGUCUUCAUCCCAGCCGCAGGCAGCAGAAGAGAUGCUGGAGCUGCACAGAUCCUGGUGCUCAUCACAGCCGGGAGAUCCAGGGACAAUGUUGGGCCGGGGGCGGAGGCAGUGAGACAGGCUGGUAUUGUGCCCAUUGCCAUCGGGGCCAAGGGUGCAGACACAUCGGAGAUGCAACUGAUCACUUCCGACCCAGACUCUGCUUUGAUCCUAGGAGAUUUUAAGGAUUUGUCAACUGUUCGACAACAGCUUUUGUCAAAAAUUGGAGCUGUGUUUGUAAUUGAAGAAUCAAUUCUUCCCAUUGAAGUUGUUCCGGAGGAAGUGGACAGGAAAGACAUUGUGUUCCUUAUUGACGGAUCUGCUACCGUUGGGAAUGUCAAUUUUAUUCACAUCCGUGGAUUCAUUACAAGAUUAAUCGAUAAGUUGGACAUUGGAAGAAAUGGAGUGCAAGUGGGCGUGGCACAGUACAGCGAUGGUGUUAAAACAGAAUGCUUCUUGAACAGUUACUCAACAAAAUCCCAACUUAUGAACCACUUGAAAGGACUCAAGGUAAAAGGUGGCAGGAUGGUCAACACUGGGGCGGCGCUGAACUAUGUCCUCGGGAAUCACUUUACUAAAGACGCGGGAAGCAGGAGAGAAGAAGGCGUUCCUCAGAUCUUGGUGCUGCUCACUGGCGCAAAGUCCAGAGAUGAUAUCAAAUCACCAGCAGAUGACUUGAAGCAAGCUGCAAUAAAGACUUUCAGUGUGGGAGCGAAGUAUGCUGAUACUGCACAGCUGAUGGAGAUCGCAAGUGACCCAAGUUUGGUUUUCAAAGUAAAGGAAUUCCGCUCCCUGCCUGAGAUAGAGAGUCAGGUGUUGACACCAUUAUCAACAAUAGUGAUGGUGCCCACGGUGCCCACAGUGUCCCUGGUGCCCACGGUGCCCACGGUGCCUUUGACAACAACGGUUGCUCCAACGGGUGCUCCAACAGUUGCUGUGCCCACAGGUGUUCUGGAGCAAGUGGACAGGAAAGACAUUGUGUUCCUUAUUGAUGGAUCUGCUACCAUUGGGAAUGUCAACUUUAUGCACAUCCGUGAAUUCAUCAUAAAAUUAAUCGCCGGGUUGGACAUUGGAAGGAAUGGAGUGCAAGUAGGCGUGGCACAGUACAGCGAUGGUGUAAAAACAGAAUGCUACUUGAACAGUUACUCAACAAAAUCCCAACUUGUGAAUCACUUGAAAGGAGUCAAGGUAAAAGGUGGCAGGAUGGUCAACACCGGGGCGGCACUGAACUAUGUCCUCGGGAAUCACUUUACUAAAGACGCGGGAAGCAGGAAAGACGAAGGUGUUCUGCAAAUCUUGGUGCUGCUCACUGGUGCAAAGUCUACAGAUCUCAUCAAAUCAUCAGCAACUGCCCUGAAGAGGGCUGCCGUGAUGAUCUUUGCCAUCGGAGCGAGGAAAGCAGAUCCAGCACAGCUGAGUGAGAUUGCAAACGACCCCAGUUUGGUGUUCAGAGUGAAGGAAUUUAACUCCCUGCCACAACUCCAGAAGCAGGUGCUGGCCACAUUAUCAACACUGCCUACUUCACAACCAACCACUGAACAGCCGACUGUAACCAGUAAGCCAGUUUUGCCAAAACUAUUGGGCAUGAAAGACAUUGUAUUCCUCAUUGAUGCAUCGGAUAAUGUCCGGAACACAGACUUUCUUCAUGUCCGUGAUUUAAUCACAUGGAUACUGGGGAAUCUUGGAAUUGGACGUGAUGGAAUACAAGUGGGUCUGGUGCAGUACAGCAAUUAUGCAGAGACUGAAUUCUAUCUGAACACUUAUUCUUCAGAAGAUGAAAUUGUGUCUCACAUGCAAAGGCUUAGACAGAGGGGUGGGAUGCCACUUAAUACAGGCGCAGCUCUGGACUACGUCCUUACGAAUCACUUCAGCAGAUCCUCGGGAAGCAGGAAAGACGAAGGAGUUCCUCAGAUAUUGGUGCUGAUCAUGGCUGGAAGAUCCAGGGAUUACCCCAGGCACUCGGCAGAUGCACUGAAGCGAGCUGCUGUCACCGUCGUUGUUGUGGGAACUCGGGACACAGACCCAGCGCAGGUGAAGGAGAUCGCAAGCCAGCCCAGUUUGAGCCACAAUGUGGAGGAAUUCCGCUCUCUGCCCAACGUACAAGAUCAGCUGAUGGUAUCAUUGUCAACUCUGCCCGCUGCACGAGAAACCACUCACCAGCAGCCCACUGUUCCCAUCAGACCAGUUUUGCCAAAACUAUUGGGCAAGAAAGACAUUGUAUUCCUCAUUGAUGCAUCGGAUAAUGUCCGGAACACAGACUUUCUUCAUGUCCGUGAUUUCAUCACAUGGAUACUGGGGAAUCUUGGACUUGGACGUGAUGGAAUACAAGUGGGUCUGGUGCAGUACAGCAAUUAUGCAGAGACUGAAUUCUAUCUGAACACUUAUUCUUCAGAAGAUGAAAUUGUGUCUCACAUGCAAAGGCUUAGACAGAGGGGUGGGAUGCCACUUAAUACAGGGGCAGCUCUGGACUACGUCCUUACGAAUCACUUCAGCAGAUCCUCGGGAAGCAGGAAAGAUGAAGGAGUUCCUCAGAUAUUGGUGCUGAUCAUGGCUGGAAGAUCCAGGGAUUACCCCAGGCACUCGGCAGAUGCACUGAAGCGAGCUGCUGUCACCGUCGUUGUUGUGGGAACUCGGGACACAGACCCAGCGCAGGUGAAGGAGAUCGCAAGCCAGCCCAGUUUGAGCCACAAUGUGGAGGAAUUACGCUCUCUAUCCAACGUACAAGAUCAGCUGAUGGUAUCAUUGUCAACUCUGCCCGCUGCACAAGAAACCACUCACAAGCAGCCCACAGUUCCCAUCAGACCAGCUGGUGCAAACAAGAGAGAUAUAGUGUUCCUUAUCGAUGGAUCAGAUAACGUUGGGGCCACAAACGUUCAGUUUGUCCGCGAGUUUCUCACCAGCAUAAUCGAGAACCUCGACAUUGGAAGUGACAGAGUUCAGAUUGGUCUGGUACAGUACAGCAAUUAUGCAGAGACUGAGUUCUACCUGAACACCUACUCUUCAGAAGAUGAGAUCAUGUCACACGUGGAAGGGUUUCGAUUAAGAGGAGGAACAACAUUGAACACUGGGGCAGCAUUGGAUUAUGUCCUUAGAAACCACUUCACCAAAUCUUCAGGUAGCAGGAAGGGCAAGGGUGUUCCCCAGUUAUUGAUACUCAUCACUGCUGGGAGAUCCAGAGAUCAUAUCAAACCAUCCGCCGAUGCGCUGAAGCAAGCUGCUAUAACGAUCUUUGCCAUACGAACUGGGAACGCAGACACAGAGCAGCUAACGGAGGUGGCGAGUGAGCCCAGUUUGCUCUUCAGCGUGGCGGAAUUUCGCUCUUUGCCACAUAUGAUUGAACAAGUGAUGACACCAAUGGCUACGCUGACUGUCUCUCAAGUCCCUACCGAAAGUCCAACCGUUCCGAGUAAACAAGUUUUGCCUGAUGAAGAGAACAAGAGAGAUAUUGUUUUCCUUAUCGACGGAUCUAACAGCAUUGGACAGACAAAUUUUUAUUUCGUCCGCGAUUUUCUUGCAAGUAUAAUUCAAAACCUCAACGUUGGAAGUGACGGAAUCCAAGUAGGUCUGGUGCAGUACAGCACGCAUGCAGAAACAGAAUUCUACCUGAACUCCUACCUAUCAAAAGCUGAAAUGUUGUCUCACAUAAGAGGACUGAGACUGAAAGGUGGGACAAGAAUUAAUACAGGCGCAGCGUUGGAUUAUGUUUAUAGAUACCAUUUCAUCAACUCUGCUGGAAGUAGGAAGCAAAAAGGUGUUCCUCAGAUAUUGGUCAUCCUGACUGGUGGGCGAUCGAACGAUGACAUAGAGACACCUGCAGAUACAAUGAAGCGAGCCGCCAUAAUGAAUAUUGCAAUCGGAGUUAAGAACGCUGACUCAGUACAGCUGGAAGGCAUUGCAGUAGAUCCCAGUCUAGUCUUCACUUCAGAAACAUUCUCUUCUUUACCAAAUAUAGAAGAAGAGUUGACAACACUUUUGUUGACUCUACCAGCCCUCCGAGCAAUCCCUGAACCAACUGCUCCAGCGAAACAAGUUGUACCCGAAGCAAGCAAGAGAGAUAUUAUGUUCCUUAUCGAUGGAUCAAACAAUGUUGGGAAUACAAAUCAUCAGUUCAUCCGUGAUUUUCUCACAAGUAUCAUAGAAAAUCUUGACAUUGGGAGAGACAGCGUUCAAGUCGGCUUGGUGCAGUACAGCAAUUACGCAGAGACUGAGUUCUACUUGAAUACUUAUUCUUCAGAAGAUGAACUUCUAUCUCACGUGAAACGACUGAGACUAAGAGGGGGGACAUCUCUGAACACUGGUGCCGCGCUAAACAAUGUACUCCAAUAUCACCUCACUGCAUCUGCAGGAAGUAGGAAAGAGGAAGGAGUUCCUCAGGUAUUAGUGGUGAUCAUUGCUGGAAGAUCAAGAGAUGAUAUAAGACGCCCAGCAGAUGCAUUAAAACGGGCUAAUGUAUUGGGCGUUGUUAUAACAGCCAAGAACGCUGAUCCAUUGGAGUUACAGGAAAUGUUAAUUGACCCAGGUCUGGUCUUCAGUGUGCAGGAAUUCAGCUCGCUGCCAGAUGUACAGGAACAAUUGAUGAUAUCAUUAUCGACACUGGCUGCUCCAACCGUAAUUCACAAAAAGCCAAUGGUAAUUACUGAAGAACAUACGGACAAAAGCACUGAAGUUCUAUCUUCGACCGACAGCAGGAGAGACAUUGUGUUCCUGAUUGACGAAUCUGACUUUGUUGGGAAUUCGAAUCUACCGCCAGUCCGUGAGUUAAUCUCAGCGAUUAUCGAGAGCCUUGAUAUUGGAAGUGACCGAGUGCGAGUCAGCCUGGUGCUGUACGGCAACAGAGCAGAAACAGAGUUUUAUCUAAACACCUACUCCAGAAAAGAUGAAAUUCUCUCUGUGCUGAGAUCCCUCACCUUUCAAGGUGGUCGGACACUCAACACUGGGAAGGCAUUGGAGUUUGUCCUCAGAUACCACUUCAUCAGAUCUGCAGGCAGCAGAAGAGAGGACGGUGUCCCCCAGUUUUUGGUGCUCAUCACUGGUGGGAGGUCUGGAGAUGACAUCAAGCGAGCUGCCGAUGCAUUGAAGCAGAGCAACGUGAUAACCCUAACUGUUGGAUCAGGGUCUGCAGACCCUGCUCAGCUCAAGGAGAUAGCCUCUAAAGACAAUCUGGGCUUCAGUGUGAGGGAUUUCUCUUCUCUGCCAGGCUUACAGGAACAGGUGAUUGCAUCCUUUGAAAGAACACAUGCUCUGGAAACACCCACCGAAAAGCCAGCAGUGCAUGUUGAAGAAGCCACGAUUGACAACACCAGAGCUAUGAAGAGAGAUAUCGUGUUCUUAAUUGAUGGCACUUCCGGAAUGGGGAGAUCAUUUAUUCAGGUCCGUGAUUUUUUGAAGAAAGUAAUCCAGGAGCUUGAUGUUGGGCCUGACAAGGAUCAGGUUGCUGUGGUACAAUACAAUUCCCACCCAACGUUUGAAUUUGGCCUUGACAGGCAUUCAACAAAAGGUGCUGUUUUGAAUGCAAUAAGAGAUCUGAGACUGAGAAAGGGAAGACCCCUCAACACUGGUGCAGCGCUGGAGUUUGUCACAAGGAAUGUCUUCAUCCCAGCCGCAGGCAGCAGGAGAGAUGCUGGAGCUGCACAGAUCCUGGUGCUCAUCACAGCCGGGAGAUCCAGGGACAAUGUUGGGCCGGCAGCAGAGGCAGUGAGACAGGCUGGUAUUGUGCCCAUUGCCAUCGGGGCCAAGAGCGCAGACACAUCGGAGAUGCAACUGAUCACUUCCGACCCAGACUCAGCUUUCAAAUUGAACAGCUUCCAGGAAUUGCAAUCAAUUCAACAGCAGCUGCUGUCUAAAGUUCAACCAGUGCCUGCAACAGAGGAGCCAAUAAUUACAACUGAAGUUGUAGCAAAGGAAAUGAGCGAGAGAGACAUUGUGUUCCUUAUCGAUGGAUCAGACAAUAUUGGAAAUGCUAAUUUACCUCAUGUUCGUGACUUUAUGAUCAGAAUAAUUCAGCACCUGGCCAUCGGACGUGACAAGGUGCAAGUGGGUCUGGCACAGUACAGCGAUGAUGCGGAAACUGAGUUCUACCUGAACACUUACUCAACAGAGGCUGAGCUUCUGUCUCACAUCAAAAGCCUCAGUCUGAGAGGUGGGGCAAAAGCCAACACUGGCUCUGCACUGGACUAUGCCAUGAAGUACUAUUUCACGAGUGCUGCUGGAAGUCGAAUAAAGGAGAACGUUCCCCAGUUUCUGCUGCUCGUCACUGGUGGAAGGUCCAGCGAUGAUGUGGAGGAGGCAGCAAAUGCGCUGAAGCGAGCUGCGGUCAUGACCUUCGCCAUAGGGGUUAGGAACGCAGACCCAGCCCAGUUGGAAGAGAUGGCAAUUGAUCCAAGUUUGGUCUUCAGUGUAAAUGAAUUGCACUCUUUGCCAGAUGUCCUGAAUCAAUUGAUAAUGCCACUGACAAUGCUGAGUGUCCCAACGGUGAUUGAAGAGCCAACGAUUGUUGAGGAUGAAAUGGCCACAACUACAAAAGCCAGGAAGAGAGAUAUCGUCUUCCUAAUCGACGGCUCCCCUGGAAUGGGGAAAUCGUUUUCACAAGUCCGUGAAUUUCUAAUGAAGGUAAUCGAGAAGUUUGAUGUGGGACCCGACACAGAUCAAGUCGCUGUGGUGCAGUACAGUUCUGACGCAAGGCUCGAAUUCGGCCUCAAUGUUCAUUCAACGAAAGAUGAGCUUUUGAAUGCAAUACCGAAAUUGAAACUGAAAACGGGAAGACCCCUCAACACUGGUGCGGCGCUGGAGUUUGUCACAAGGAACGUCUUCAUCCCAGCCGCAGGCAGCAGAAGAGAUGCUGGAGCCGCACAGAUCCUGGUGCUCAUCACAGCCGGGAGAUCCAGGGACAAUGUUGGGCCAGGGGCGGAGGCAGUGAGACAGGCUGGUAUUGUGCCCAUUGCCAUCGGGGCCAAGGGCGCAGACACAUCGGAGAUGCAACUGAUCGUAUAUGAACCCAGCCUUGUAAUGAAAUUGAAUGAUUUCUCUGAGUUGCCAACUAUUGAAAAGGAGCUGAUAAUGAAAGUUAACACAAUUGUUAUUAUUGAGGAUGCAAAUACUAUAAACACUGAAGUUUUGCCUGAGGAAGUGAACAAGAGAGAUAUUGUAUUCCUCGCUGACGGCUCAGAGAAUGUCGGAAACAUAAAUGCGCAUCUGCUGCAUGAUUUUAUCAGCAAUAUAAUCGAGAGUCUUGAUAUUGGGACGGACAGGGUAAGGGUGGGCAUGGCACAGUUCAGUCACAAUGCCAAAGCAGAGUUCUACCUUGAUACAUACUCAACAAAAUCGGACAUCCUGAAUCAUAUCAAAGGGCUCAGGUUGAAAGGGGGCACGACCCUUAACACUGGCUCAGCCCUGGACUUUGUUUUCAGGAAUCUCUUUAUCAAGUACACAGGAAGCAGAAAGGAGCAAGGGGUUCCCCAGUUUCUUGUGGUGUUUGCUGGCGGGAGAUCGGCAGAAGCUGUUAAACCCUAUGCGGAGGCUCUCAAGCGAGAUGGCAUCACAAUUUUUGCAGUUGGAGUAAGGCAUGCCGACCCGGCCCAGCUGGAGGAGAUUGCAUCCGAUCCCAGUUUGGUCUUCAGUGUGAAGGAGUUCCAUAAUUUGGCAAACGUACAUGAACGGGUGAUGAGCCCAUUGUCAACAUUGAGUGCCCCAACAGUGGCCAUCAGAGAGUCAAUCGUCAUUAAUGAAGAAACAUUAAUUCCUGGAGAGGAGCGAGUUACCAGUAUAGAAGUCAUGCAGAAAGAUAUUGUUUUCCUAAUUGAUGGCACCCUUGGAAUGGGGAAAGCAUUUCCUCUCGUCCGCCAAUUUCUUAUUAAAGUACUUCAGGAACUUGAUAUUGGGCCUGACAAAGAUCAAGUCGCCGUGGUACAGUACAGCUCCGAUGCACAGACUGAAUUUGCGUUCAAUACGCAUACGAGCAAGGCUGAAGUCCUGGCUGCGUCAACACAGAUCAGACGUAAAACGGGAAGAGUCCUCAACACUGGAGGAGCACUAGAGUAUGUCUCAAGAAAUAUCUUUCAUGCAGCUGCUGGCAGCAGGCAAGAUGCCGGAGUGAAGCAGAUUCUGGUGCUUAUCACUGCUGGGAAGUCCAGGGACGAUGUCGGUCCAGCAGCAGAUACUAUAAAGCAAGCUCAUAUUGUGCCCAUUGCCAUCGGAGCUAAGAAUAUUGACCCAUUGGAGCUGCAGCAGAUUGCAUAUUCCUCUGAUUUUCUCAUUAUAUUAAAAACUUUCCACUCUAUACCAACAUUGCAUCAACGAUUGAUAUCCAUGCUGAAAGCCGUUUAACCUUUUGAAGAUCACCUUACUGAAUAACCCAACAGAGUGUCCUGCAUCUGAAUUAUUAUAUCACAUCAUCCAAGUUCCCUUCUCCACAUUAAGCUGCAAAACAACAGCAAAAAAAUGCUUGAAUGAAUUACUUCACUGAACAACACGAAAACCAGCCAUCUUUGGAAGCCACAAGUUUGACAAUAAUAUCCUGCAUAUCACAGUGAUCUCAGUUUUCCGUUGUAAACUCUAUCUGAACAUCUGGCUCAUUUUAUAAAAUUAUUUGCAAUUUAUAGUCAACAGAAUUACUUGGUGUAAAGAAUAUGGGCACAGUGUAAGGAAGCAGGCACUGAUAUUCAACACGUUUGAUUACUUUAUCUGAAAUAUAAACAGAGAAUGUUAUAAACAUUCAGCAGAUCAGGCAGCAUCUGUAGAAAGAGAAACAGUGUUAACACUCUGCUGGUCUGCAAAGGGCCUUGGACUGAAAUGUUAAUGCAGAUACUGUGCAUUUCUGUUUGGUCCAUGGCAAGAAGGACGUGGAGGCUUUGGAGAGGGUGCGGAAGAGGUUUUUCAGUGGUUACCAUGAUCAGAGGGUACGAGCUAGAAGGAGAUGUUGGACAAGCAUGGAUUCUUUUCUCUGGAGCAUCCGACGCGAAGGGGGAUAUAUAUAUAUAUAUAUAUAUAUAUAUAUGAUAGAAGCCUAUAAAAUGAUGAGAGUCAGAGAUAGGGUAGAGAUUCAGGACCUUUUUUCUCAGGGUGGAAAUGUCAAAGAUUAGUGAGCGUAGUUUUAUGUUGAGAGGAAGAAAGUUUAAGGAAGAUAUGUGGAAGAAGUAUUAUUUGACAAGCUAAUUGGUGGUGGUGGUAGAUACACUAGUGAUGUUCAUGAGGCUUUCAGAUAAGUGUAUGAAUAUGUAGCGAAUGGAGGUACAUGGAUGACAUGUAUGUAGCUAUAAGGGAUUAGUUUUAAUUGGAAUCCUGGCUGGUGCAGACGUUGUGGGCCAAAGGGCCUGUUCUUGAGCCGCACUGUACUAUCACAGAUGCAGCCUGACCUGUUGAGUGUUUCCAAGCAUUCUUCUGCAGAUAUUUCAGAUUUCCAGCAUUUGAAGAUUUUUCAAUUCCAGUAUUUUUUGCAAUUAAAAGGAUUAUGGCCAAUGCAGUCCAGAUUGUACAUGGAACAAUUUCAGCUGUAAAGGAUUUUCAUUCUGCUUAUUUUACUUGGAUCACAAUAUAUAUAUACCAAAGCUACUCAUCAUUAUGUUCGGUAUUUUCAAGUCCAAUUUUUUCUUUGCUGCUGCCUGCUUGAUAAACGACCAGAUUUGCUUUUCCUGCCCAUUGCCUAUUUCUGGUCAUCAUCCCAGUUCUAACGCCAUCGAAUUGGAAAGCAAUACUCUCAAACCAUUUGGCUUUAUAUCCUCAAUACACUGUCGUGGACAUUUAAAGUGACAAAUAAAUUUUUAUUUUAAAACACAA